UAUCAUUCAUACUUAAACUAAGUGACAGUUAUUUCUACCCAGCCUCCUCUCAAUCACCUCUCAUAAUGGCACCCGUCACACACAUUAUGUACUUUAAGACCUCCUCGUCCUACCUCCAGGAUCCCGCUCGGUUGAUUUCUGAGCUUGCGACCAAAAGUCCAGCAGACAAAAUUGAAGGGUUUUCUAAGGCAUACCUUGGUUUCGAGACGGAGGAUCCAAGCAAUGCAUUUUGGAUCUUCGAGUGGACUUCCAAGUCUGCACAUGACACAUAUCAUCAGACAGACACUUUCAAGGCUGCACGAUCAGCUUCUCAACAAGUCUUUGCGAGCAGACCUACCCACACACUUACCGGGUUCUCCAACACUAGUCAGAUCUUUUCUGCUCCAGUGACGGAAUUUGUCACUUUCACUCUCAAAGAGGGUGUCAGUAUGGAUAAGCUCCAGCCCCUCGUCACACAGCUUGAGGUUAAGCUUCCAGGAACACCCAAGUUCUACGGCUCGAGCUGGGCACCUGUCGUUGAUAAGCCCAACAUAGUUCACGGCGUGUUAGGAUGGGAAAGCGUGCAGGUAAUUUCAACAUUAGUUCCUCAGAGUCACCUGCUUAUCCGUCACAGGCACACUGGGAUGCUGUAAGCUCAGGUCCCCUCAAAGAGAUCAUCGAUGAAGUGAAGAAGGUUGCAGGUCUUUGGCUUGUCCACGCCGUGCUGACGCAAUACAAUGUGUGAACUUGAUUAUCGAAUGCUUUGUACGAACCACACUUUGUCGUUGUUUUGUAGGAAGAUAUUUUGAAGUCAUGAGACAUACAGUCCUGGAUAUAUAUUUCCGAGGAACAUUGGCAAGCGCUUCUCUGUUUUCACUAUCCUAUGCAGUAGCGGUCAGUGGUGAACUGACGCUGAUGCUGGCUCACGAAGUCCAUAAGCACAGCCUCGCCGUGUUGUCUCCUGACAAACUUAUGCUACUGUGCCUUCCAUGUAUGGAGGCAACC